CGUGUAUAUAGACAAGAAAAUGAUGUGGCUGUUUUCGUAACACGACCCGGUACUAGAUUACACAAAUCAAGCAUGAUGACGACAAGUAGGUCCAAGACCAUCUUCAACUAGAGUGACGACAACUUUUUUUGUCUUCGGGGCCGGGCGAGUCACCAGAGGACUGAGUCUCAGGUUUGAAGUAGAUGUCCACGAUAAGAAAAUGAAGGCUUUCUCCAGGAUGCCCCAGGAAGGGGCAGGUCAGUUGGAGUUGGUGGACGAGGAUGAGAUCGAUUUCGAACUUGUGUGUGAUGAGGUGGACGCGACGACGGCUGCCCGCGAACCAAAAGGUUCUGAGGCUAAAGGACCGGGCGUCGUGGGUUCUGGAUCCGGUGCUCACUGUCAGCAAGGAGGUCCAGGUGGGGCUCCAAAACAGGACGCUUCUCGUGGUGGCCCUCACCCACGUUCUGGUGGUGGUCCACAACACAUUAUGCGUGAAGCUGGCCCCCACCAAGGCUAUAAAGCAGCACAGCAGCACAAUUUUCGACCUGUGUCUGUCCAGUACGACGCUCUGACAGCGACUGAGAUGGCGAGACUGUCGACAGUGGCCGUGAACACCGAGAUUCUCUACAACGAACACCGGCAACGCCAGGACUACGGCCCGUUGGACCUGCGCUUUGGGCCCUCAGAAAGGGGAAUUUUGUGCAAAGAAUGCGGGCUCCAGAUAAUGGAAUACCCAAAUGGCUGUCCAGGUUGCCCAGGUCAUUUUGGACACGUCCCGAUGAGUUUGCCCGUUUUUCAUCCCGGUUUUCUGAGACACUUGUACCUCUUAGCCCAGUGUCUGUGCAAAGCUUGCGGUCGUAUGUUGUUGCCAGAGCAGGAGUCCGUGAUACUAGAAGACGUUGCUCCAGAGACACCGGCGUCUAGUGGAGAUAUUGAUGCUGUACCAGGACAAGUCUCCUCUGGCGGUCUACAACUACAAGCUUCAACACUGUCGCAGGCAGCGGCAACAACUUCCCGACCAGUGAAAAUGAGUCGUGCUGCGACAUCCAGAG